GGCGCGGAGGGGGCCCGGGAGGAAGGGAUGCUCCGGCGGGUGGAGCCGGCCCUGACCGAGUCCCGGCUGGGGGAGGGGAGCUCCGGGCCCCCCAAGUCCCUGCGUGGGGGGAGCGUCCCCCGGAGUAGCCGUAAUGAGUACAUGCGCUCGGGUCUGUACUCCACUUUCACCAUCCAGUCGCUGCAGGCGGCCCCCCCAGGGCGAGCGCCCCGCCAGGACCCCCCAGCCCUCUGCAGCGAGCCCCUGGACCCCUCCGACCUGGCCCCCGGGAAGAUGGAGGAGAUUCCCCAGCUGGAGAUCAGCAUUGAAGAAGCAGACGAGAGCGAACCACUGCAGGUCUUUGUGGCGCCGGAGCCCCUGGAUGCAGAGCGCCCCCCCCCCAGAGGCGACGCCUCCGCGGGACCCCGGGCUGCGGCCGGUGGUGGUGAAAGUGGAGGCGGAGCGGGAGACGGAGGGGUCCCCGCUCCUGGUCCUGAUCGACGCGGGGGUGAAGCAGGAAGCGCCUCCUGCCGAAGAGGCCCCCAGGGGGACGGAGGCGGAGCUCCUGGCGGGGGAGGGGCCUCAGGAGGAGAAGGGGGAGGGGGUGUCUGGGGGCGCCCCCAGCGAGGGGCACGGCCCGAAGGGGCGGAAGCCCAAGGACCUGGCGCUGCCCUCCCUGCCCGGGCAGGAGAAGAUCAGCGCAGCCGGCAGCUCCCUGCUGGCGCCCGGCGGGGGAGCGGGCAGCGGGCUGACGCCAACCACCGUGAUCUCCACACACGCACUAACCCCCGUCCUGCUGACCCCCAGCUCCCUGCCACCCACCAUCCACUUCUGGAGCACCCUGAGCCCCAUCGCCCCACACAGCCCCGCCAAGCUCUCCUUCCAGUUUCCUUCUAACUCUGGUGGGCAAAUUCACAUCCCCUCGCUGAGCGUGGACGGACUCUCCACUCCGGUCGUGCUGUCCCCGGGGCCCCAGAAGCCGUGAGUCCAGACAUCCGUCCGUCCGUCUCUCUCCGCUGCUGGUGGAGCUUGCUGGGGCAGCGCCCGUUCCGCACCUGGAUUCUUGUCCCAGCCCUGUGGGACUGUUUACCAGGGUGGCCGGAUACGUCCGAAUCCUGCUUCGGACCGAGAGCCCUGCUUGGUGUCAGCGGUGGGAUGGGAGUUGGAGCACGCCGCCAUUCCGCCUCUAGGGGGCGCAAUGUGGGACAUUCUCCUUGGUGCUCACUCGCCUGCCCCCCCCCGCAUACACACACAUCUUGGGCCUUGCAGCUCUGACCCCAUGUUUCUGGGGUCGUUGUGUUUAUUCCCAGCCCGGCUGGUUCAGGGUGUAUUUUCGACGUGGAAGGAUACGUCCCUCAGGGACUGGGGUGUGGUUCGGGCGCUAGUUGUGGGGGUGAUUUUAUUUAUUACCCGGGGCCGCCUGGCCCUGGUUUGAAACCCUCCGUUGGUAGCCUUUGUCGGCCCUCCCCAUGCCAUAGCCUCCUCGUAGCUCCUCUUUGUGCGGGCUCUACGUCAGCCAUCUUUGUUUCGAGAGGGUAGCCGAGUCGGCCAUGUUUGUUGUGGCUGGACAGGGUGUGUGUGUGUGUGUGUGUGUGUCUGUGUGUUGGUCAUCUUUGUUUGCUGACAUCACACACGCCGCUCAUCCCCGUGGUUUCGGCAGAGGAAGAAGUCCUGUUCUUCACUUCUUGUUCCUUGAUUUACUUCCUGGAGGUCAAAGGUCACCUCCUUGAGUUGCCGUAGAAGCGGCAGGCGGAGGAAGCCCCGCCCUAAUUCCCUCCUGAAGGUUGAAGGUUGCCUGUUCGUCACCAUGGAAACGGCCGAGAGGGAAGUCCCGCCCGCUGAUUUCAGGGGCUGUUUCCUUCCUUGCAAAGCCUGUUUCCUUGAUUUAUUUCCUGACGAUCAAAGGUCACCGUGGAAAUGGCGGCAGAGGGGUCCCACCCCUCACACCUGUCACAGGGAGGAUUCCUUCAUUUGUCUCCCAUUUGUUGCCCGGGAAAUGACAGCCGAGGAAGUCCCGCCUUUUGAGGACAGUCGCCAGGGGCUCCCUUGACUUCCUGCUGGCCCACGAGCUCCGCAAAGGAGGAAGUUCUGCCCUGUUUCCACUCUGCUACUUCCUGUUCAAAGUGCGCUGAUUCUGGGGAAGUGCCAAAGGAGGAUGUCCCGCCUUAUUAAUGUCUCAUCUACUUCCUGUGAGUCAAAGGCCACCUAUUCUGUGGACGGGGCAAAGGAGGAAGUCCCGCCCUUCUCGCUGCUGUUGACUUCCUGUUAGUCCCACAGGGGGCUGCACUGCAUCAUACGGGAAAGGGCUGCCUUGUCUUCUUGUUUUGAUACCAAAAUUUUCCGGGGCUGUGAGCUUCUUGCUCGAGAUAUAGAUCUAUAUUUUUGUGGGGCCAUCCCAAGGGGCCGAAAUUUCCAAAUGUCAUUAUUUAGCGCCCCGCGGGAUUCCCAGCUCCUUUCUAUUUUUCAGAGAGUAUAUUGAUAUUAUUGAGCUAUGUGCAUUGAGCAUAUACAAAUCUACAGGGCUUGGCGCUAAUUACCUGCUGGGCCGUCUUUUUUAAUAUAUAAAAUGGUUCUAUUUUUGAAUGGGGAAGAGGGAGGGCUGGAGGGGGUGGAAGUGACCACCCUAGAUUUCAGGGCGGGAUUUGGAGAGCGAUUGGAGGCAGUAACGCGAGGCCGAGCGCUUAAUUUCCGUCCCCAUGGUGUAGAUCGGGGGACGCCGUCGCUGCUGGUGUUAACGGAGCAAGACUUCUCAGGGAAGGUGGCGUCAGCUGAAUGAGGGCGGGAGGGGGGUGUAAUUAGACGGCAGUUGUUGGCCGUGGCCCCGUUGUCUCGCUCAUUGGCCAACAGACACCUUUGUGCUUGAAAGGCAGCGUCGGCCACCUCUCUGAGGUGACCCUCCUCCUUCCCCUCGGGGCGGUUUUGAACCGUCGUAAUCAUGCUGGUUUGCACUGGCAAGGCCCCUCGGCUCUGCCCAUCUCUGCCCGGCGCAUCAGGCACUUUGGACGACCUGUGACACCCUGGCGAGGCACCCAGGAGCGGCUUCAUGCACGAGCCAUGGCUGAGCCUGGAGCCAAGAACGGGGAGGCCAGGAGGGUGCCGAGGAAUGGGCUCCGGCGACGCCCCGGCUGAGACACGCAAACCAUGAGUCGAACACGUGCUGUGAGGCCAACAUGGAUGAGCCAUGAAUAAAACACAUGCAACACAUGAGUAAACCACAAGGAGCAUGCGUGUAAACCAUGGAUCAAUCACGUGUGACAACAGGAGGAAGUCAUGAGUAAGCCAUGUGUAAACCACGUGUAAACCAUGUGUAAUCCAUGAGUAAACCACAAGUAACUCAUGAGCAGAACACGUGCUGCCGAGGGUCGGCCAUGAGCGGACCCCGUGUGCUCUCUGUGCCGGCUCGCCGGGUUUUCAGAGCUGUUCUCUGCUGUUGGGGAGAGGCCCUGGCCCUGUUUUUACCCCCUGCACCUACCCCAUGGGGGUUGCCAGCUGCCGCACCCUGGCGCGGCCACCGUCCCAAAGCCGCAAUGUGGGGCGGUUGAGCUGUUUAGUUUCCUGUGGGGCAAGGACGGAGCUGUUGGGGGGGCGGUGGCCGGGGGGGCGGGCAGCGGGGACCCGGGCCUGGCUGGCGACUGACGUGGCUUGGAGAUUUCCAGCCUGGGGAAUUUAUCUAACCAUGUAUUGACAUUGGGCCAGUAUGGGGAUUGGAGCCGGGGAUCCUACCGUGGUGUGCGGGAGUGGAUCCUGGGAUCCUACCACGCCAUGGGGGAGUGGAUCCCGGGAUCCCACCACACUCUGCGAGUAGAUCCUGGUAUCCCAGGUACCAUGUGGGAGCUGAUCCCAGGAUCCUGCCGUGCUGGGGUGGAUCCAAAGGCAGCAGCCCCCCCCCCCAUCUGUUCUUUCCCAUCCAUGUCCUCGUCUCUGCCUUGUUAACCCCCCCGAGCCUCCCCCCCUUUGUCCUCCCUCAGGCUGGGGUGGGG